CCGGUCGACGGCGCGCCGUCUCCCUGGCAACCAUGGGCUGCAAUUUGUGCACCUUGCAGAAGCGGGAGGAGCACUACAAGUUGCUGUAUGAGAUUGCACAGGUGAACAGACGUAAUUUCUCCAAGGUGGAGCAGGAUGAGACCGAGGGAGAGGCUAUACAGCGAGACCCCAUUGUUGUCCAGGUCAUCCGACCAGUUGCACAGUACCAAGCUGGUCUGUCGCAGGAGGCGUGCUUGACAGACGUCUGCACACAAACAGAUAUCACCUUCGAGCAUAUUAUGGCGCUAGCCAAGCUUCGACCAGUGACGCCACCUGUGCCUGACGUCUGUCCUUUCCUUUUGUCUGACAGCUGCCAUUCAAUCCACACAAUGGAACACGAGUUCUAUGAAUGUCCCGAGUACCUGUCAAAUAUACCCUCUGAAGUGGAACGAUCGGGAGCUUACGUUUAUGAGGAAGUGGAGUUAUCGAAGCAGAACACUCAAGAAAAGCUGGGCCUGACGUUGUGCUACAGAACUGAUGAAGAGGAGGACAUGGCCAUUUAUGUCAGCCAGGUGGAGCCACACAGUUUAGCCGCAAGAGACGGCCGCAUUAAAAAUGGAGACCGUAUUUUACAAAUAAACGGCCAUGUGGUACAAGACAGAGAGAAGGCUGUUUCUUUGCUGGCAGGAGAAAAUGCGAAGAGCAUCGUCCUGCUGGUGACAAGGCCAGAGACACAGAUAGACGAUGAUGUAUGGCUUGAUGAUGAGCAACUGAAGAUGGAGAAAGACUGCAACCUCAGAAAAGACGAGGCUCAAGAAGAAAGGACAACCGAUACGGCUACCUGCUCGUCCAAUAGCCAGGACAAAGACAGCGGGUUUGGCUGUAGUACAGACAGUCCCGAGCACCAACAGUUAUUGGCCAGACUAUACAGGAAGAGUCCAGCUCAGUGCUUGAGGGAACAAUGGCGAGCCCAAAAUCCACAUAGCAGGCGUAGCACUGCGCUACCACAGGACUUGCUAGCUGAAAGCCAAGGUAUGGCUCUGGAGAAUCACUUUCAGCAACUUCUGGAAGUCAAGUGUCAAAUCCGCAAAGGUGUCGAGUGUGGCGUGUACUCCAUUCGACAUAGUAUCGAGUGCAGCCUCAUGGAGCAAGGAGGAGGGGAUGGGGAUAGCGCUGAGGAGGCUGAGGAAGGUAAAGGAGUGGAACAAGAGCUGAGGAUGCUAAAUGAAGAACUACGCAGCAUUGAGCUGGAGUGUCAGAACAUCAUGCAGGCCCACCAAACCAAGGAGACAAACACUUCUAUGACCACAGUUUCCUCGCCUGGUCAGAGGUACAAGAGGCUAGCAGACAUCCACGAACACCUUCAGAGUGAUAAGACCCGAGAGAAAGACAGCUCCAGUGCCUACAACACAGCAGAGAGUGCUCGGACCACUCCUCUAGGAAGGGAGCGAUCUCCAGAGCACUCUCUGCAGAGAUGCAUCAGCCUCACCAACCAGAAGAACCUCCAAAUAGCCUCUGCAGAGUCUUCCUGUUCCAUCCCCAUUCCUAAGUCUCAGGCUUCACUGAACCACGCUGCUGAAGCAGAUACCAGCGCCGUUUUCUCAAGCAGCCCGGACCAGAGUAACCCAUCUAGAUCAGAGUCCGACCCGGCGCUCCCUGCGGACGAUGAGCGCUGCGAAAAGAAGCGGAAAACCAAAGAUCUAAGAAGAAAACCGCAAUUUGCCUCAUACCAAACCAGUCCUUACCAUGGCUCGCUCAGAUCUCGGCAACUUCAGAGCUACAUGCAGCUGCUACAACAGCACUCAUCCUUGGAGUACUCCCAGAGCCAGCUGAGUGUCCUGAGCGUCUGCCGGGAUCCGGUCAACCGGAACGGUCGCUCUGGGGAACCACGUCUGGAAUGGAAGGUAAAAGUGCGGGCAGACGGCUCUCGCUACGUUGCCCGCAGACCCGCUCGCGACCGUAUCCUAAGGGAGCGAGCGCUCAGGAUCCGAGAAGAGCGUAGCGGCGAUAUGACCACGGACGACGACGCCAUGAGUGAGAUGAAGAUGGGUCGCUACUGGAGCAAAGAGGAGAGGAAGCAGCAUCUGGCGCGAGCCAGGGAGCAGAGGAAGAGGAGGGAAUUCAUGCAGAAGAGCCGCUUUGAGUGUCUGAAGGAGGGUCUAGCUAGCGGCGCUGAGGGCAACAAGGAGAUAAACAUCCUGGAGCUCAGUCACAAGAAGAUGAUGAAGAAGCGCAAUAAAAAGAUUCUUGAUAAUUGGAUGACCAUCCAAGAACUGAUGAGCCACGGGGCGCGUGUUCCCGAAGACUCUGAAGUCCAUAACGCCUUCUUAUCUGUUACAACUGUGUAGUUGUUUACAGGGCACUUUUUACAUCAUAUUGUCAGUGAAUUGUAAUACUACUGUUGCUGAGGACAUGUACUGUAGCAUUCGUUCACUUGAACACUUUUUUUGCAACCUCAGCAAUUUUACAGUUUUUGCGAGCACACAGAAGUUUGGUAAAACUCCCAUUCUUGUGGUUCCUUACUUGUCGCAUUGAAGGCGACAUUUUUUUAUACUCUGAGAAAAUGGGAUAUUUUUCACGAUUUGUAAUUUUGCCUUUAAAAAUUUGUACUGACUUUUGGUUUCACACUGUGGUUGUAAAUGUUUUACUAAAAUUGUGCGACCUUUCCAGGACGUUACCUCAAGAAUCGAUCUGUUGCGACCUUUUGAGCAGACCCUUAAGAAUGAAUUAAUGUGUGAUUUCAAUUGUUUACAUAAUCGUUUUUAUUUAUAAUUUAUUGUAAAUUAUUAUUCUUAAUUAUCAUUACAUGGCUACCUUUCAAUAUGUCAAUAAACAUCUUAUUUGUAGCUUUACUACCAAAAUAAAAUGGCUUUGACUCAUUUAUGAAGAUUGAUAUUUUAACACUGGUUUCAGGAUAUUUUAAGUUGUAUGCAUUUUUGUAAUGAUGUAAAGAUGCCGGUUUCAUAAAUUGUGGGGAUCCGUUGAUCACUAAAAUAUAGAUUGCACUUGUCCGCCGAUCGUGUUUAGCGUCUGUUAGCCAGAUUAGCCUGCUAGCAUUUGGUUGUGGACAU